AACAUAGUAUUGCUCCGGACUAGAGUUCAACCGCGUUUCCCUCGUCGUCCUUCCCUCAGGCUCAUCCCUAUCCCACCCUCCCUCACAAUCACAUACAACCCCUCAUUAAGUUGUUUGCAUCGUCGCGGGUUGCUUGCUUUGCAACGUGCUGCGUAUUUUUGUGCACCUCUUGUCGAAAAUUGUUUUGAUGCUUUGUUCAAAUUAAUUCUCGUGUUAAAUGCACAGGCUGUAGAUACAUUUUGGGUUAGUGUCGUGAAUAUUGCUGCAAAAAUGGAUUUAAAUGCUCCGGAGGACGAUGCCGCUAACGCGUUCAAGGACGCCCUUCAGAUCCAAGGCCCUAGCCCAGAAACCUUGGACCAGGAUAAGAAAAGUUUAUUUUGGACUGCGGGAGUGAUGGACUGUUUCUCUACAGUGUUUUCGCUGUUUAGCCGAGCUGAUUUGAAGCCUGCGAAAGACGGUGACUGGGAGGUCCCGUUUGAAUCGAUUACGGACCUCGUGUACCUGGGGUCGGGGGCGCAGGGCGUGGUCUUCGGCGGAAACCUUCGCGGUGAAAUGGUCGCAGUGAAGAAACUCCGGGACAAGAGCGAAACAAACAUCAAGCAUCUGCGGAAGCUUAAUCAUGAGAAUAUAGUCCGUUUCCGCGGAGUUUGUUCACAGCCGCCGUGCUACUGCGUCGUUAUGGAGUACUGCCAGUACGGGCCCCUUUUCGAGUUCCUGCAUAGUGGAGCGUGCUUCGCCCCAAAGCAGAUCCUUAAGUGGGCCAAGGAGGUUGCCUACGGGAUGACCUACUUGCACCAACACAAGAUCAUACAUAGAGAUCUGAAAAGCCCCAACAUCCUGAUCGCUGACAAUUUGGUGGUGAAGGUGAGCGACUUUGGUACCAGUCGCGAGUGGAACGACGUGAGUGCCAUCAUGAGCUUCACUGGCACCGUCGCCUGGAUGGCUCCUGAAGUGAUCCGCCACGAGCCCUGCAGUGAACGCGUCGACGUCUGGUCCUACGGAGUCGUGCUGUGGGAACUUCUUACCCAGGAGAUACCGUACAAGAACUUGGAGACGCACGCGAUCAUGUGGGGCGUGGGCACGGACACGAUCUCUCUGCCCAUCCCGACCACGUGCCCAGACAGCCUGCAGCUGCUGCUCAACCAGUGCUGGAACCGGGUGCCGCGCAACCGGCCGCCGUUCAAAAUCAUCGCGGCGCACCUGGAGAUAGCUGGUGAGGAGUUGAGCUCCAUCAAGGCUGAUUGCUUCAGCGCCACGCAGACCACGUGGCGCAAGGAGGUGCAGGACGGCAUGGACAAAUUCUAUGUCAGGAGCGAGCAGCCUCAGUCGGAGACUAACAGUCAGCGUCGCGAAGAACUGAAGCACGCGCGUGACGUGCGUCAAGUUUACGAACAACAGCUGACGCGGGCCAACGAACUCUACAUGGAGGUGUGUGCCGUGCGCUUACAGCUCGAGCAGAAGGAACGCGCUCUUGCCGAACGCGAGAAAGCACUGAAAGCGUGCCGUUGCGGCGUCCGUAAGGGCCUCAAGUACUACAAUCGGCAGACGUCGUCGUCCUCCGACGGUGUGAAGGGCCCUCUCUGCCUGCAGGCUCUUGCGGAGGCCUCACACCGCCGCCGCAACAAGAAGAAGCCGGAGCCUGCUCAGGUGGUGGUAAACUUCGUGGAGAAUAAGCCUGACGAGGCUCAGAACGUGACGGUGUCCGUCGACGACGGCACCUGCGAGUGUGAGGGAGACAACAAUAACAUUGACACCGUCGUCCUCAAAGAGACGGUCGUCGAAAAGAACGGCAACAUCGACGUCCUCGACACACAGAUAGAGAAAGCCUACAAUGACAACUAUAUACCCGAUGUCGCUCAAGUCUAAAGCUGGUGGGUAUAAAAUAUGUCUACAGGGAACAGCGGGAAGAGCUGCGAAGGCCGCGCCAUCUUGUUUCACUACGCAACUUCUAUGCUUUGUAGAUAUCUGAAGCUCAAGUUUAGUUCAAAACCCUUACUUUUACUCGUUUGGCCGGCUGAAGACCAGAUUUUAUAGUUUUACUUUUUUAUCUUGAGCCAUCGCAUUCACAUCACAUUUAGGGUGGAAGUAAUAAACUAAUCUUAGCUGAGACUGCCCGCUAGACCAUGCUCAAGUCCAUGUUUUUAUAUAAGAACUGUCACAUUGGCAUGAUUUUUAAGGCAGUCUCGAAGUUGAGAUUCGUUUAUUAUUACCACUCUCAGAUGGCGCGGCAGCUUUGUGUAACUUAGAUUCUUAUUAAAAUGUAAAUUAUAUAUUAUUCGUAGUAAAUUGAAUGAUGUCUUUAGUCUUUAGGGCCUUAGAGAGACCCACGUGUGACAUAGACAGUAGGGAUCGAAAUUAUGUACCAUCUUGUGUAAGAAUUCACACAGACAGAAUUAGAUUUAUGCAUAAGUCAAACUUGGAGAGUGAUGCUCCAUGCCUGCGAUGGGAGAUUAAAAAGGGAAGGAUCUCUGUAUAUAACGAUCUCAUUUUAAUUUUACGACACCCUUAGCGGUAUCCCCAGACCAAUGUUGACGGAUCAGUGUCGAAACCAUUCCCGUGAUUUCCCACUCUAUUAUGCAUGUUAAAUGUGAAAAAAUAUAUUUAAAAAAAUACAAAAAUAAGCCGCUUCGCUGUUAAAAUUGACCAUUCGGGAUGCUAGUCGUACUUCGGACAGGCAGACCUCGCCAUGUUUCGUACGUGUAAUGUACUUGGCGGUUUUGUCGAGUCUUCAGCACGGCCGUAGCAUGGAAAACGGACACUUUUAGUGGCAUCGUGUGUAUGUGUUUAAUGUUGAGAACUCAAGGGUCAACCCCUGGCUUGCUAUGCAGCAAAUCGAUUGGGAAAUACAGCAGGAUUUACUGUAGAGAAUAAAUGUUUUAGAUCAAAGUUUAAUUAUAUUUAAGAUAUAUAAGGUGGUAUUUAUCUUAUUGGAUCUGAGCGGCAGGUGAUUGCGCGCAGGAAUAUAGGGUACACAUAGGUGAGAUAGUUGAAGUGUAUUAAGGUAAGCAUACUUUUUCUCGAAUCAAUGCAGUGAUGGUGAUGCAACAGGAUAGAUACCGUUACAUGUUAAGUGUCUGUCAAUUUUAAGCAUUUUAUCCGGAACGAUCCUUUCCUUAGAUGUUUAACGUGUAUUCGAUAUAGUAGGGUUGUACCUUACCCAGUCUAAUGACGUUCCGGUAUCACUUUAGUGUGUGCGUGUGUGUGUUUUAACUUAGGCCAAUCUUAGCGAAUACUUACCUUCUCAAUACGUGAUGUCUAUUUUGCACUCGAAUUCUACCGCUUUGAUAAAAAGUCGAUAUUGUUAGUAAUAUAUUAUGUUUUAUACAUUAAAAAGAGAGAUAAUGAACAUGUGUCUGGAAAAAACCGCAAUUUAUUAUUUUCAUACUUGAUUUGAUUAGUAUAUUUUGCAACAGGGUUAAGUAAAGUUAAGACAUUUUAUUUUUAAGCUCUACUUAUUUUUUUUAUAACGGUUCAGAAAAGUUUUCGCUGGUAUCGAAGUUUGUUUUAAAUAAAAUGUAAUAUUACGUUUACAUUUCUGGCGAUUGGCCCUAGUUCAUAAAUAAUUAUAAUCUCGUCGAAAUCUCCUAUAGUGUUUUAGAAAAUUAAUAUAAAUUAGGAAAUUUCGAAUAUAUUAAAAGGAAAAAUCUAAUACUUACAUAAAAAAUUGGAUUUGUUUUAGCUGGCCUAAAACUAUCGAAAAAUAUUUUUCUUUUACUUUUAUUUAAGUGAUUAUUUUUUAAAAUACACUGGUGGGCAAAAACAAUGAAUCAAAUUCUAGUUUUUUAGUAACUGUUUAAUUAUGCCAUAAGGAGAAAGGAAAAGUAUCCAGAGUCAAAAAUAAAAGAACGCAAUAUGACAAAUAAUAAUUUUAAUAAACCUUGAUUCCAAGUUUUUGUCCACCAGUGCAGUUAGUGGUUGUGAACUUUUAUUUCGUAAUUUCAAAUUGUAGAUAUUUGUUUCCGAAUAGUUUGUUUCACUCAACAAUAAUUUAUAACUUUGGGAACAAGUCGACUUGUAUGGUUGAGUGGGGUGUUUAGGGUAAACGCAGCAAUCGCUGAAAGUCAAACCGAAUUUGUGUACAGAACUACAGACCGAUGCUAGGCCGUCAUAAGGCGCCCGCGCAUGGUAAUUUAUCCUAUCCUCGCUCUGCUAUGUAAACUUAGCUUUUCUACCCCACUUUUGUAUGUGAUUGUCUGUCGAUUGCCUGACAAAAUAUUAUAAAAAAAGUAAAUUUAAAACUAUUUUCAAAAAUCAUAUUUUUAUACUUUAAACAUAUUUUUUGCUGCGCGGUUAGACGUGGUUGGCAUGGGAAAGAAAAUUAUUGUUAUUUUUAUGUCGCUAGAUUUCGAUGAUAAGUUGAAAUUGUCAAUUGAUCUCCCGGGAGAAUUGCUAUGCAAUUGUAUCUCAAGAAUUCACUAUUUCUACUGCGGAGGUUUUGAAAUGCCGAAGCAAAAGAUACGUUUUUAUGUCGCUAUUUGAUAUUCACGCAAAUCAAUCAUGUUUAUUGUGUCUCAUGGUGGUAGAUAAAACAGAAAACAUUAUUUUAUAAAGAACAAGAGCUUAUAUUUGGAUUCUUACUAUUUACAUGUAUGUCCUUUUUGUUACUUAACAGCAUUUUAAGAUUUUUAUAAUUUUAUUUUAUAAGUACGGGUCGAACCAGUGCUAGUGUUAAUGCUUUGUUUUUUUAAAUAUUACUUACUUUUAUUUAUUUGUUUUUUUUUUGGGAGUUUAUAGACUGCACAGAGUCUGAGUUUUCGAGUAAAUAUACUAUUUCUAAUCUAUCUAAUGUAAUUAAUGGUCGUUGGUGACCUUAAUCGUUGUGCAUUUCACAACGCAGCCGAAUAGUUGAAAAAUCUUUCUCACUAUUAUAUAUCUUUGGGAUCACCGAAAUUUUUAUUACUUUUAUUUUUAAGAAAAAAUAAACGUAUUUGAAUACGAAUGGCCGGUCAUAUCUGAAAAAAAGACUCUGAUUUUUUACCAUACAAAUUAGAGAUGUGCCCACUAUGGUUUUGCCGACUAACCGGCUGGCUGGGAAAACCGACUGGUCUGGAAGAAUGCUGUUUCUGAACUUGAUAAUGCACAUGAAAUUAUAAAGCAUGUGGCUACAUAACACGUUCAACUGAAAAUUAGAUAUCGGCCACACACGCAAUUGUAUUUUUUCAUAAACACAUUGGAAUUUAUGUACAUAGAUACACUAAAAAAAAAAAACAAUCUGAAAGGCCUCCCGUUGGAUUUUCCGAUUUUCUUUACUGUCCCACAUAUCGUCGCUGACGCCCUGAACUGAAGUAUUUGCAAUUUUUGCCGAAACUGAUUUGCACCUUUUGCAAUUGUCAAUACGACACAAAUCACUAGCAAAAAAAUACAGAUACGUCAGUUAGCAAAGUCAGACACGAUAUGGGACAUGCACGUAUGAGUUUCUUUAUUGCCUCAUAUGCGGUUCAUACACAGUGCACGUGUUAUUGACUGAUGUUUGUAACAUACAAUAACGACUAUUUAAUGCGAAAUAGGUAUAAUUCUUAUACUUUCGUGUUGAUUAUUGCGAUUCUUGCAAAUAUUAUUUAAAUUAAAAUUAGCUGUGUUCUUAUUUCAAGCAUUUUCUGAGUUUUGAAGCAGACAUGUUGUCGGCCAUUUUGCCGACUAGUGACAGACUAGCCUUUCCCGACUAGUCGGCACAUCUCUAAUAAAAAUAAACACUAGGUUUAUUAUCAAAAUCAAUUAUACGCGCUAAAAUUACUUAUUCUUGGUUUAACAGCAAAAUAUCGCGUACAAUUUAUAGACCAUAACAUAAACUACUGGGAACAGGCCUCCACUCAAUCAACUGGAGGGAGUAUAGAGCGUACUCCACCACGCUGCUCCACUGCGCGUUGAUGGAGGUGUUUUACGGCUAAUAGCUGGAACCAACUGCUUAAGGCGCCCUCCGAAGUACGUAAUCAUCGUAAUUUUUUGCACAAUCAGGUGAUUCACCCUUGCAAAGUCCAUACCGAACAAAGGACGACACAAUGUGAUUUCGACAAUGUCCCCAUCCGGAAUCGAACCCGGACCUCAGAUCGUGAGCCAGGCCUUCUAACCACUACACCACAGGGGCUGUAUAUAGAUUAUUUAGUUAGUGGUGUGCACAGAAACUUCACGAGUUAAUCCCACCCACUCCAUUCCAUCUACGGACAACUAGACGUCGGGAGGUCAAUCAAACAAUCAAUCAAUCAAAUACACUUUAUUGCACAGAACUAAAAUUUCAACAAUCAGACAAUUAGAGAGGUAUUUUAUCCUUAUGUUGUGGAUAUAUCACCAAUCCGCACUCAACGUUUUGCCUCUUCCUUUUUGAUGCGAACGACAAAGGACUGGAACUGUCUGCCGCCUGGGAGUCUUCAAGGCUAGAGUGAAUAGGCAUUUGCUAGGUAAGCGUGAUCCACCCUCGGUGAGAUUGCGGUCAAACGCGAGCCGGGGAAUUUAAAAAAAGUUUAGUCAGUAGUCAGGUAAAAGUAAGAUGAUCCGUGCUUCAGAAGGCCGUUGGUCACAGUUAUUACUUACUGAUGUAAGUACGUAGUCGUUACAUGAGUCAUGUCAGGGGCCUAUGGCGGCUCAGUAAUAAUAAUAAUAAUAAUAAUAUCGUUUAUUUCAGAUUUAAAAAUCCAUACAUUAAAAAAAGAUACCACAAAGAAUACAUACAAUUAAAAUAUUAAAAAUCUAAUUCAAAUUACAAAAUAAACAACUUAAAAAUCAAUAAAUAAAAACAAAGUGGUUCUAUGCGGUAUGGCGGCCUAUCCACACCUUAAGAAAAGACGAGUCCCACCGGUCCACCAACGCCCUCAGGAUGCCGUUAGGGCUGUCGCGCGUCCUCGCUAGAAAGGAAGCGCAUCGCUUUCUAAUAAUGGCUGCAAAGCCGUCAAUAUGCGCUUCCGCGAACAUUCCCGACGCACUACAACGCAGCGGCAGUCCCAUCAGGACCCUGAACGCGUUGUUGUAUUGGACGCGCAGAUCGCCGUAUGCCCGUCGCGUACAGUCAGCCCACAGGCUGCACGUGUAGAAGCUCUGACAAAACGCCUUGAAAAGCGUUACUUUUACUGGAGAACUACAUCGCGCGGUAAUAACCCUGACAGCAGGGUUGGUGGGGUUGGUAAUCCACCUCACAACCCACACGAUAGAAGAAGAUUAACUCAUGCAUUCCUAAAUGAGUAGGUAGGACGUAAUCAGAACACAACUUCCAGACGUAUUUUUCGUGUUCGUUAGUUUAUGUCUGUAUUACAAUCAUCAAAUUAAUUCCUUCAAAUAUUUUUCCUCUCAGACGAGGUUCGCGCCCAACUGGGCACUCUCAGGCCUGUUGUCUUAAACGUUGUACCUUUAUUUUAUUGAAAUUUCUCCUGUUCCUGACGUAGUACAGUGUCGGUGUCCCAACUGAAUCCCUUCCGUGCACUUUCAUAACUAAGUUUUGUUAACUGGUUAAGAAAAACCCUUUUUUAUUAUUGUUUUCACACGUGGUAGAAGAAUUCUAUUUCGGGUAGUAUAUCGUCAGGGCCGAGUUUACUAACUAUUGUCUCGAAUCUAUUUAUUACAACACGACGAUUCCAAUCUAGUUACCACUUGGAACCGCAUUGGGACCACUUGGAAGUUGGACACGUGUAGUACCAUAAUGUACGCUUCUCGUAAUUGAAAUAUACAACUUCUAUCGUGUGGGUUGUUAGGUGAAUUACCAACCUCAUCAACCCUGGUGUCAGGGUUACUAUUGAGUCGCGAAAGGCCCCUGACAUGGCUCAUGUAACGACUACUUACGUACAGUAAGUAGUAACCGGGAUCCACGGCUUAACGUGCCCUCCGAAGCAUAGAUCGUAUUGCUUUCAGACAAUCAGCUGAUCAAACUGUAAUGUCUUAACCACGAAAAUAUUUUUGUGGCAUGUCUCCACCGGGAUUUGAACCCGGAAACGCUCAACCACCGGACCACAGAGGCCGUCUACAAAUAUACAAUAAAGUAAUUUGAAUAAAUAAAAAAGAGUUUUGUUUCACCAAUUAAUUAUAGUCAAAAAUACCGAAAUGUUUUAAAGAUCUACCUAUUUUUCAUUACUUUUCCACCUAGUUUUCACAGUUACAGCUCAACUAAGUAUAUGAAAUUUUCAUCUUGUUUCCUUUUUAUUUAUGUAUUUAAAAAGAAUGUUACCUACAAUUUGUUAUUCACUAUUUUAUUCGGUUUAUUGGCAUUUAUUUCACACCCUCAAUAUAGUGAUUUGGGCAUGGUUGGUAGGUAUAGGUACCUACAAAAAAUGUUCACGAUUUUACUAGUUAACUAUUAACAGACAGAAUUUAAAAAAGCUUUUUAUUGUGUUUAUUAAAAGUAAGUUUGUCUUUCUUCGUCGAGAUAUUUAAUAUUUAUCUUUUUGAUCAUUUGUAACUAGUUCUUAUAAUUAAGUUGUCGAUAAUAUCUGUACAGUCAUGAGCAUUACCCAGUACCUACUUUAGAACCCUGUCGCACUAACUUAUUUGACAUUUAAUGAGACUUACAGUUCAAUUUGUCAAAAAAGUUAAUGUGACAUGGUAUCAAAGUGUGCAUAUUAGUACUAGUGACCGUACCUACCGAAUUCAUUGAGCCAUAUGAAAAUUGUAUUCGUUUACAUAGGUACGCUUUUCACAGUAUCGCCGAAUAUGUAUACAGGGUGUUAGUGACAUCGUAACGAAAACUUUGAGGGGUGGUUCAGGCCAUGAUUCUGUGUUGAUAUCAAGUAGAAAUUUCCGUCGCAAAAGUAUGGAUUGGAAAAUAAUUAAAAAGAAAAGAAAAAUUUUCAUGAAUUUUUUGACACGAAAUUCCACUUGAUAUCAACUCAGAAUCAUGGUCUGAACCAUCCCCCUCAGUAUUCGUUACGGUGUCACUAACACCCAUACCUACUUAUAUGGCUACCGUAUGUACUUGUACGGGGUGUAAGUGUCAUCGUAACGAAUACUGAGAGGGAUGAUUCAUCUGAUUAUUCUGAGUUAAUAUCAAGUGGAAUUUUCCAUCGCAAAAGUAUAGAAUUGAAAAUAUUUAUAAAAAAUUAAAAAAAAUCAUGAAUUUUGCGAGGGAAAAUUCCACUUGACUUUAACUCAGAAUCAUGGUCUGAAUCAACCCCCUCAGUAUUCGUUACGAUGUCACUAACACCCAGUAUAUUCCGUUUAUGUACAUUCCACUAAAUAUACGUAUAUUUUACGGAAUCAUCCACGUUGUUGUGAUUUUGCGAUAUUUUAAAAAAAGACAGUUUGUGAUUUUGCGAUAAUUUGUUGCGCUGCGUUAUACCAAACGUAUACGAAGAUGUGUUUGUAAAGAUCCAAUAGAAUACGGUAGUUUCCAACCAGUGAAAUCAGUUGCUUUUUACUAAACGUCAAAACACGAAAUUACUAUGAAAAAGCAACCAGUGACGUCAUAGAAAAACGACUUAUUACGUUAUUCUUGUUUAAAAUUCAUAAAUAAAUUAAAUAGAAAAAAAAAAACAUUUUAUUUUUUAGUUUUGGAAGUGUCUUUAUUUAGUAAUCAGAAUUUCAUCAUUUAUCUUGAACCUAGUACACGACUUAAUUUUCGGAAAUCGCAACAAAAAAUAAAAAGGUAAAUAGAAAAAAGGAAAAGCUUUUGGCACUUUUAGAUCUGUCUUUAUUUAGUAAUCAGAAUUUCAUAAUUUAUCUUUGAUCUAGGAAACUACCCAAUUCUCAUUUACCUAGCCACGGUCAGUGCAGUUUGGUGGAAACACAGCCUUAAUAUAGUAUUAAUUUGUUUAAUUUUUGACGUGACUUGUAUUUGCCGCAAUGAGGGACAUUCCAGGCUAAGUCCCCCAAAAACAAAGAUGGUGUUGUACAGAUUUAACGUGGUACCUAUUUUUUUCAUUGCUCGAGUACAUAAUCUAACGACAGAAGCAUUAUAAAAAAUAUUAUUGCUUGGAUCUAAUAUGGUAUAGAAUUAGUUGCUACCUACAUUUGCUUCUCUUUAUUUUGAUCAGAAUAAUAAUUGACGGAAGAUGUGUUGUGUUUGGGAGUAAUAACAAGGGUCAUCAUUUAUACCCAUAAAAAAAUAUAAAAGAUGAUAAGUCUGUCAGUGAAAUUAGGAGGUUAAACGAAGCCAGGUCUGUACAGCGUCAUCUAUAUCUAUUUUAAGGGACUCAGCCUGAAAAGUCCCUCAUUGGCAUUAACUACUUGGCCGGACAAGUGGGGAGCACUGAGGGCUCAAUAUCUUAAGUUGUAUUCCGGCCCUGGAUUUGUGUAUGAAUAGUCUAGCCUAACGGCUCUAGUCGCGGUCAGAUCUGUGAGAUGUACUUGAAUAAGUAAUUUGGAUUUAUGAAAUUAAAUAAAGUGAACACCA